UCUAAACAUGGACUCUUAUUUUAUUUCUUUAAUAACAAAGUGAUUCUAAUUUAUUUUCUUACGUUCUGUUAUUUUGUUAAGAUAAAAAAAAUUGAAAUUUGGUUUUAGGAACAAGCUGGUCAAACUGUUGUGUAAAGAAAUUUGGUUAAUUAUAAAAGAAUUAGUUUAAUUAAUGAAAAAUAAGAAUUGAUAGUUUUAGAAAUAAUGCAUGAGCGUGGAGAAGAAUGGAUGAAUAUAGAGAAAGAUGCAUGGUGGAGGUUGAAGAGAAAGAAAAAGAAGGAAUGAGCUAAAUAUAGGGAUAGUAGUAAGAGUGAAACGUGAAAGUGGGCAAGGAAUGUGAAGAGAGAGUUGCUGAAAAAGAGGGGGAACAGAUCAGAGUACUUGAGAUGCGGAUCUCAAGUGAGGAAGAGGUAGAAGGGUGAGAGAGUGUAUAUAAAAGAUGCGACCAUGUUUUGGGUGGUUGGAGACUGUGAUGUAAAUGUAUGCAUUGAGGAAGAAGAAGACGACGAUGAUGAUGAUGAAGAUGAAGAACAUGAGUAAUGCACGUUGUUCUUACUGGACAAUGCUGAUUCUCUCCCUUGCAAUGCUGGAGCCCUGCACUGUGGCGGCUUUCGACAUAACCAAACUCUUGUCGGAAUAUCCCGCCUAUUCCUCCUUCUCCGGCUACCUCACCAAAACGCAGCUGGCCGACGCAAUAAACGCCAGGCAGAGCGUGACGGUGUUCGCGGUGGAUAACACCGCCAUGGCUCCUCUCUCCGGGAAACCAAUCCACCACAUAAAAACCAUAUUGAGCCACCACGUGGCGCUGGCCAACCUGGAUCUCCACCAGAAUGAAACCAUCAACGCCACCACGCUGUCGCAGGAUGAGGGAGUGCUCCUCAAGAUCAACAAGGGCGACGUCACCCUGGUGUCCACCGCCAAGCCAAACGGCGCGGCCAGAGCCAAACUCAUAAAACCCCUUCUGGCUGAAUGUAAUAUUUCGGUGGUGCAGGUAAACAGCCUCAUGAUGACCACCAACCGCCGCAUGAUGACCACCAAUCCAGAGACUAUAAUCCCAGUCAAGUCACCGGUGCCGGUGAUAUCACCCGUACCAGUGUACACCCCAGUUCCCGUCAAGUCACCCGUUCCGGUCAUAUCACCCGUCCCAGUAAUAUCGCUUGUUCCAACACCUACUCCUGUGCUAACACCAAUUUCCCCCGAUAUUAUAUCACCCGUCCCUGUAAUCUCCCCCGUUCCGGUGAAGACCCCCGUCCCGGUCAUAACACCCGUCCCUGUAAUCUCACCGGUUCCGGUCAUCUCCCCCGUCCCGGUUAUUUCACCAGUCCCAAUAAUCACUCCGGUUCUCGUUAACCCCCCGGGAGUCUCUCCCGCCAAUCUGAUCAAACCCCCGGCGCCAGUGGGGCCACCGGAAACUUCACCGGUUCCGGCAGCAUCGCCUGUGAGAGAGCCAGUGCCUGUCCCAGUCCCGGUGCCGGUAAUGGCACCAGCAGCUGGUGACGAGGAUGGCAGUCCCGGUUCUGCGGGUCCAGAUGACGGCAGUUUCGGUCCAGAUGAUGGGAGUGACAUUACUGCCGAUGAUAAAGAAAAGUCAGGGGUUGCUCUGUUUGGCGUGAAUUGGUCUUUAGCUAUUUUGCUUGCUUUCUCCGCUUCACUGUUUAUGAAUUAUGAGUAUUGA